GGACACUGUGCAUUCAUCCCCUCAAAGCACAGAGCAGCCAGAAGAUGAGCGAUGACCACCUUCAUGUUUUCAGUAUGUUGAGUGAAUUAAGGUUCUGAUUCGCUCCUCUCGUGGCGGGAAUACGCGUUACUGCAGACAACAUGGAAGUUGAAAUGAAAGAGACGGACAGUGAACAAGUCGAUGGACAGCCUAAAAAGGAUGACACUGCACUCAAACAAUCAACGACUGCAUAUGAACUACCAUGGGUUGAAAAAUACAGACCUCUGAAGUUGAAUGAAAUUGUUGGAAAUGAGGAGACUGUCAGCAGACUGGAGGUGUUUGCGAGAGAAGGAAACGUGCCCAACAUCAUCAUUGCAGGUCCUCCUGGCACUGGAAAAACUACCAGCAUUUUAUGUUUGGCAAGAGCUCUUCUGGGUCCAGCCAUGAAAGAUGCUGUGCUUGAGCUGAAUGCCUCCAAUGACCGUGGAAUAGAUGUUGUGAGAAACAAGAUUAAAAUGUUUGCCCAGCAAAAAGUCACACUCCCUAAAGGUCGCCACAAGAUCAUCAUUCUUGAUGAGGCUGACAGCAUGACUGAUGGAGCCCAGCAGGCUUUGAGAAGAACCAUGGAGAUAUAUUCAAAAACCACACGAUUUGCCCUGGCAUGUAAUGCGUCAGACAAGAUAAUAGAGCCCAUUCAGUCCCGCUGCGCCGUCCUGCGCUAUAGCAAACUCCGAGACGAUCAGAUCAUGAUGCGUCUGACGGAAGUGGUGGAGAAGGAGAACCUGCAUGUCACCAAUGACGGCCUGGAGGCUAUCAUCUUCACCGCUCAGGGGGACAUGAGACAGGCUCUGAACAACCUGCAGUCAACAAAUUCUGGAUUUGGUUACAUCAACAGCGAAAAUGUGUUCAAGGUGUGUGAUGAGCCACAUCCUCUGCUGGUUAAAGGCAUGUUAGAACACUGUGUAAACGCCAACAUUGAGGAAGCCUACAAGAUUAUUGAACAGCUUUGGUCCCUAGGAUACUCCCCAGAGGAUAUAAUCGGAAACAUCUUUAGAGUUUGUAAAACAUUGCAGAUGCCAGAAUAUUUGAAGCUAGAAUAUAUUAAGGAGAUUGGCUACACCCAUAUGAAAGUGGCCGAAGGGGUGAACUCUCUAUUACAGAUGGCUGGUCUACUGGGCCGAUUGUGCAGCAAGACUGCAGCACCUGAUGUCAGCUAAGGUCAAGAGCAGAUUUACCAAAUAAUUACA